AUGUCGGCAGACCUGUUCGCUGAGUUUGGAGUUGGGCCAUCCACCAGCCACCCUUCAAGAGCUCCAAACCAGCAAGCUGUCAUAUCUCAGACCAGCUCUUUAAUCCCAGAUUUCGACAUAGCCGAUCAGGCUUUCACAGCUCAAUCUUCCAAUCAUCUGAAUGGGCCUACUCCGUCAUAUACACAACAGCAAGGUGCUACUGGUUACCCGAUACGUUCUGAGUUCAAUGAUUUUGGUGACUUUGAGCAGCCCCAGCAGCCUGUCAACGGCAAUGAUGUGCUUUUCGAUGCUACGCUGGAGAGCUUUUCAGAUGACGGCAGCGAUGACUGGGGUGAAUUCGAAACUGCAGAAGCGCCGCCCACUCGAUCUCACUUAAACCCUCCUGAAAAGCAGAAGGCCAUGAUGGCUUCCAAAUCCAAGGUCUCGCACGAUUCUAAGCCUUCCCGAGGGGCUCAAGCAAUUCCAAAUUUGUUGGACUCCUUGGACACUUUAUCAAUGAAUGAAAGGCCCUCCCAUAAUAACCGCCCUUCCAACAAAAAGUCGAUUGACGAUGCUUUGACAAUAGGGAGCUGUGUCUCCCAGCCGCAGCCGCCGAGGCCAAAGUUGCCUAUGGAAGAAGAACCUUUUGAGGAAUGGGGAGACUUUACCGAUGGGCCUAUCCAGACUAGUCAACCUUCUAGCGCAAAGACAAGUGCUCAACAGGUUUCCAGCAAGAGCGGAGAGCUGUCACAACCCACCAAGGCCGCUUUAGGAUCAGGAGUAAGAACGAUGCAAGCACACAAGCCAGUCACACAGUCUACUCCCACAAGUCAUGUGCGUCCAACCAAUAUUCCUCCUCCGUCGAUACUACUCGGGCUGUUUCCUCGGCUCUUUGAACAACUUCGACAGGAGGGUACCAAAGCCAAAAAGAAAGCUCAGCAAAAGGAAAGCUUAGGUGCAGUCGCUCUAUCCAUUAUUUGCACACUCAAAGCUGUCGCGAGGGUUGUCGCAGGCCGCACAUUGCGGUGGAAGAGAGACGCAAUCUUGAGUCAGAGUAUGCGUAUCGGCCCUGCACGCUCUGGCAAAGUUGGAGGGAUGAAGUUGAGCACUGUCACCAAGAAUGAGGAUAUUAAGGAGCAGCAAGAGGCUGUUGAUGUGAUAAACAUGUGGCGAGACCGGGCUGCACUAUUCAAUUCUGUUAUUCAGGCUGCUGGAAGACGCCCAGUUCAGGUUGUCUCGGAGACUACCCGAGUCACAACAGCUACGCUCGGGCAGGGAGCUAUCAAGGCCUCCCAUGCGUGUGCUCUGUGCGGCUUGAAGAGAGACGAACGGAUACCAAAGCUCGACGAGAAUGUGGAGGAUAGUUUUGGCGAGUGGUGGACGGAGCACUGGGGACACACCGAAUGCAGGCAUUUCUGGGAGGACAACAUGGGUCUUCUCGGCCAACGGUGA